GGAGACAGAAUCAGAGGACAAGAUGAUGCACUUACUGUUGCUUCUCCUGGGAGUUUUACAAAUCCAUGCUGCCUCUCUGACGGUGAACUCUACGGGGUCUGUGGAUGAAUCGGGGGUCUGUCAGUGCUCGGUGAUCUUACCAGAUACAAGCUUUCCAACAUAUCGGAUGGAGAUACUGGAAUCAUCCAAUUAUAACCUAAGUAUCAGCGUCCAGCAGGAAAUCACCAAGAUACAAAACUACCAGGUCACGUUGACUGGUUACCUUGAGAAGCUGAAGAACCUGACCAAAAGAGUAGAAGUGGUGGAGAUGGGAGGUAUCUCAAUUACAGAGCUGGACUUUGAACUACUGAAGCUGGAGAUUAGAGAGAUGGAAUCAUUGGUUGUGCAGCUAAGGGAAUCCAUUGAUGGCUCUAAUGUUUUAAUAGAAACCCUCUUUGUAGAGAUUCGUAAUAUAUCAAUCAUGGUCAACCAGCUGGAAUCAUUUGACAAGAAUAAUGUGCUGGCUAUAAGACGGGAAAUAACUUCCCUGAAAAAACGCCUGGAAGAUUGUGAGAAGAGCCAAGGUCUUCCUGUUCCUCCUACAGUCAGCUACGGUAAAUGUACACAUGGAGGGAUUGCAAACAUCAGCAAACCCUUUGUGGUUCAACUGAACUGGUUAGGAUUUGCCUAUAAAUUUGGAGGUUGGGGAAAAGACUCAUUAUUGGGUGCCAAUCAAGAUGUGCACUGGGUGACCCCUCUAAGCACAGAUGCAAGGAUGAUGAACACCCUACGUUUCUACCCAUCAUAUGAUGACCUCCUUCUCUACAAGAGACAAACAGAAAGGGUGCUCGCUAGGACUAUUUCUUACAACAACAUUGACUACUCAAAUUGUGGACAAGGUGGUGGAAUGAUUAUGUUUAACAAUUCAUUGUACUACAAUUGUUACAACACCAGGGACCUUUGUAAGUUCAAUACAGAAACCACUGCCGUAGAACGUAAAACUCUUACAGAUGCUGCCUUCAACAAUCGGUUCUCAUAUGCCUCUUCUCUGUGGCAGGACAUUGACCUGGCCAGUGAUGAGGAUGGUCUUUGGGUCAUUUACUCAACAGAAAAGAAUUCUGGAAAUAUUUUAAUUAGCAAACUUAAUGCUACUUCCAUGACUGUAGAAAACACCUGGACCACAUCUCAGUACAAGCUUGGAGUAACCAAUGCCUUCAUGGUAUGUGGAGUCAUGUAUGCCACAAGGACCCUCAACACAAGGAGAGAAGAAAUAUUCUAUAUGUACAACACCAGAACUGGCCAGGAAGGACAGAUGAGUGUAAUUCUUGACAAGAUGAUGGAGAAUGUUCAGAGUCUCUCAUACAAUCCAAAUGACCACAAACUCUACAUGUACAAUGAUGGUUAUCUGGUCACUUAUGACCUUAACUUCAAACCAUUGCCAGGCCAGACAUAAAUGAAGAUCAUUUUCCAUAAUUAUCCUAAAAAAUGUGGUUGAAUGUUGUAGUUGUUUAUAAAUGGAGAUAUAUUCAAUCCCAAGCAAAGCACUCCAAAUCUAUCAUCUUCUUCUGACCUCUAAAACUCUUGUUUUUUUCUGUUAUUAUUAGACCAUAAAAUAAGUCUACAGAUCCAGAGAUUUAUCACAAAGUAAAAGUUAUAAUGUGACUUAAAUAUUGUGUAUGAAUUAAGCAGCAGAUAUUAUUGAUUUUACUCAUCACAAAUACAUUUGUAAAACUCAUGCAUAGUGAUUUUUUUAUCAAUAAAAUGUUUGUAGCCUAUACACUUGAUAGCUAUUUAAUUACUAUAAAUACAAUCAUUAUAUAUACAAUUACAAUAACUAUGUGUUUCCUAUUUCAACAUAAACAUAUUUCUAAGGGAAUUUGCUUUGCCAUAAAACCACGUAUAUUCUUCUUUUGCUUUGUGGAACAGCUUCCUUUGAUAAUUACAUAAUUAGAAGAAAGGCACUUCAGCACAGCAUUCCAUGCCAUAGCGAGAGUUCCCUCCUCAACCCAACCAUCUCAUUCUCUCUUCAUUUUCCCCCAUACUACUUCAGCCACUCUUAGACAAUACUAGAUUUAAAGGGACAUGAAACCCACAAUUUUUCAUAUAGAGCAUAACAUUUUAAACAACUUUCCAAUUUACUUCUUUUAUCAAUUUAACUCCAUCCUCUUGCUAUCCUUUAUUGAAGAAGCAGCAAUGCACUACUAGAAGGUAUAUAUGUGCAGCCAACAAUAAGCAGCUAGCUCCCAGCUCCUGAGGUAUGCUUUUCAGCAAAUGAUACCAAAAGAAUGAAGCAACUUAUCAAAUAUAAGUUUAUUGGAAAGUUGUUUAAAAUUGCAUGCUCUAUCCGAAUCAUGAAAGAAUAAAUUUGGGUUUAGUAUCCAUUUACGUACACUGGAGGUGCAAAAAACACAUAAAAAACAACAUUAAUUUUAAUUCUUAUGCCAGUAUAAUGUACUCAACCCAGUGCCCGUCUUAGAGCUUACAUGGGUAGUGAUUGGUUAGUGCUUUAAAUCAAGCUAGUCAAUAAGAACCUACUUAUCCACCAGGAUUAAAGAAUGAUUUUGGAUUGGUAAAAAAAAACUAUUUUUUAAAUCACCCAGUUUCUUCAAGUGUGUAUGUCUCUUUAAUGUGUUUAAUUGUUGUCCUUUUAUAUGUAAUAUUAAAAAGGUUUGAAUUCAAA